UUUCCCGUAGAGAUUGAAGGCAAAGAAAUAAGAUACACCAUCACUGCUGAGGAUAUCAGAAGGGAACUAAAGAUUGAACCAUUUGUAAUCCUUGAUUCUGCGCCGCAGAUAGAGGAGGAGAAAGUGCAGAGAGCUGUAGUAAACGAAACAUGUCCUAAGUGUAAUAACUCUCAGCUUGAGUAUUACACCAAGCAGCUCCGAUCAGCAGAUGAAGGGCAGACAGUUUUCUAUGAGUGCCCAAAAUGUCGGCAUAAGUACUCACUGAACACUUAGGCUUCGUUUGGGACAACUUUUUUAUUGCUUCUUAAAGCAGCUUUCUAGUAUAAAAAUUUAAUUUUUUACUAAAAAAUUGCUUUAAGAAACAGUAAGAAAAUCAUCCCAAAUGAAGCCUUAGAGGAGCAGCGAUUGAAACUUGCCAUUGCUGCGUGGUUCUAGUUUAUCUUAACUAGCAGGGUGGUGAUGAUCAUAACACAAUUUUCAUUGCUUGGAUGUCUGCAAAUAAUUUGUUAUCUAUUCCUGUAACUUUACAUAUGUACGCUAUUAUAACUGUUGUACUGCUCGUUUUGUUUGAAGAGCAUUUAUUUGAGUACAUUUAGGAAGGAAGUUUAAUGUGUCUGUUUGGUUUGAAGGGAUCAAAGCAAUUGAUUUCAUAAAUUUAUAUUGAGUUUAUGAUUUCAAUCCAAGUAAUGAAUAAUUUAAUUUAUUUAGAAA